AGAUCAUUGCAAAAAACUCCGUUAAAAUGUCUUCCUCAAAUGAGGAUCAAAACUCAGGGUCUCCAUCUCUGUCAUCACCUAAUUCAUCGUCGCCACCGCCAUCCUCAUCAGAAUCACCACCACCACCACCAUCAUCAUCGUCGCCACCACCAUCCUCAUCAAAAUCACCACCACCACCAUCAUCAUCGUCAUCUCCGCCACCUCCGUCAAAGGAUGACUCACAAUCACAAUCACAAUCACCACCACCACCCCCUUCCUCCAAAAAAUCACCUCCUCCUCCAUCUUCUAGCAACUCUAAAUCCUCUCCGCCGCCACCGCCUCCACCACCACUCGAUUCAUCAAGAAAUUCCUCGCCUCCACCGCCUCUCUCGCAUCGAUCAUCACCAUCGAGUAAAUCUGGUUCAUCUUCAUCAAGUAGUGACCAAGAAGCCCUCAUAGCUGGAGUUGCUGCAGGUGUAGGGUUACUGGUCAUUAUCAUGAUAGUCUUGCUGUGUCGUUGCUGUAAAAAGAAGAAAAGAAAGCCCCAUGAUCAAAUGCCAUACUACAAUCACAAUUCUCUUGGAAAUAGAAAUGGAGAUUACUACAACGGCGGAAAAAACCACACAAAUUGGAACAACACAGGAAAUGUAGACCCCUCUAUACAAAUGCCUCUGCCACCCAGUUCAGCCACCUCACAACAAUGGUCAGCGGUGCCUCCUUUGCCACCACCUCAAAUGCACAACAAUGAGAUGAUGAGCACCAUGGGUUUCUCCUCCGGUCCGCACCAAGCCUCACUGCCUCCGCCUCAUCCAUCACUUGCCCUUGGCUUUAACAAGAGCACCUUCACCUACGAGGAGCUAGCGACGGCCACCGGAGGGUUUGCGAAGGAGAACUUGUUGGGACAAGGAGGAUUUGGGUAUGUUCACAAAGGGGUGUUACCAAAUGGGAUACAGAUAGCAGUAAAGAGCCUCAAAGCGGGUAGUGGGCAAGGAGAGAGAGAGUUUCAAGCCGAGGUUGACAUUAUUAGCCGAGUUCAUCACCGCCACCUCGUAUCGCUUGUGGGCUAUUGUAUUGCUGAUGCUCAGAGGAUGUUGGUUUAUGAAUUUGUUCCCAAUGACUCACUUGAAUUCCACCUCUAUGGAAAGGGUUGCACACCAAUGGACUUCCCAACUAGGCUCAAAAUUGCAUUGGGAUCGGCCAAAGGGUUUGCUUACCUUCAUGAAGAUUGUCACCCUCGCAUUAUCCACCGAGAUAUCAAAGCUGCUAAUAUUCUAAUUGAUGAGCACUUUGAUGCCAAGGUGGCAGAUUUCGGAUUGGCUAAACUUUCCAGUGACAACUACACCCAUGUAUCCACACGUAUUAUGGGAACAUUUGGGUAUUUGGCACCAGAGUACGCAUCAAGUGGGAAGUUAACUGAGAAAUCAGAUGUAUAUUCAUAUGGUGUUGUACUCUUGGAACUCAUUACUGGACGACGUCCUGUUGAUAUCCGCAAUGAUGAUGACAGCUUAGUUGAUUGGGCUAGGCCUAUUCUAAACCAAGCAAUAGAAGGUGGAAGCUAUGAUGAGUUGGUAGAUCCAAGCUUGGAGAAUGGCUACAAUUCACAGGAGAUGUUGCGCAUGGUAGCAUGCGCUGCUGCUUGUAUUAGGCAUUCUGCUAGGAGGCGCCCUAAGAUGAGCCAGAUUGUACGUGCACUGGAAGGUGAUGCCUCUCUUGAUGAUUUGAUUACUGAUGGGGUAAAACCCGGCCACAGUUCAGUUUUUGGGUCAAGCGGUUCUGAGUAUGACAGUUCAUACAAUUUGGAUGGGAAGAGAUUCAAGAAGAAUGCAUUGUCAAGCCAAGAAUUUACUAGUAGUGAGCACGGGGUCACUGGAGAGUUUCGCGUCCAUUCUUCCCCUUCGAGCAGUGGUGAUUCGCAAGAAAUUCGAUCCAAUGGAAUUCGCCGACCUAGCCCUUAAGAAAACCCUUUUAGUUGCAGCCAUGGUUUUAAAUAAUGGUAUUGAGAUAUGUAUCGGUAUUAACAAUACGGUCAUACAACGGUCAAUAUCGAACAGUAUAUGUCGAUAUAUCCAUGAGUAACAGUACUGAAAGACCAAAAUCUCAAUACUUAAUGACAAAUAUUUAAAACAUGCUUGCAACAUGACAAUACAAAAGGAAAAUAUAUAUAUAUAUAUA